AUGCCUUCAUCACGGCCAAACGCGCAGUCGCCCAUCAUCGAGGCCGACCCUGCUCUCGACAACAACAUUGACACCAUCCGCAUCCCAGAACCACACGGCACAUAUUUACAAACACGCGGCGCCCGCGCUGCUCGUCGCAUCUACAAAGCUAUGGGCGUCUGGCCCUGGGACAUCGUCCCCGAAGCACCCCCCAAGAUGUGGGCUAUUAAUCUGCUCGAGGAUCUGGCGCUCGUUGCGGACCAUGUCGCUAGGAAUCCAGGCGACACGCUGCAGGAUCUUCAGUCGGAGCUUCGUAAAUCUCUAGCGCGCGAUCGCAAACCUUCGUAUGCUGGGAAAUUGAUGGCGCAGGACGUCCACGCUGCCAAGAAGCGCUUCGUGAGAACUUUACCUCAGUCACCAGAUGCUCAUGAAGAUACUGGCGAUGAUGGGGGAACCAUCGAGCGGCGCUCUGGGCGACGAAGAAGAACAGCAAACUACAGCGCCCCGGAUUCACCAAUUGAUCCAUCGCGAUCGCGUCGACACACGUCUUCGGAGGAGAGCGAGGAGCACAUGGCAUCGUCUAUCACCGUUGCCUCAGAGUUCCCCCCAUCCCCUCCCGUUCCUCGCAGCGUUCGGCAAUUAAAACGACCAGCUACCACGAUACCCACUCCGAUAGAGAAACGCAUCCGACACAGCUCGCCAGAAGGGUCGCGUCUCUCCGCGGCGCAGAGUCUGAUGAUGUUUAGUUCUCCGAUGGCCACGUACCAAAUGGCCUCAUCUUUCGGCCCCAGCGUGACUGCCAACGCUACCCGCUCUCUCGAGCCUAAUAACCUUCAAGAAGCUUUACAACCGGCGACCAACGUCUUUGUCGCGGCGAUUGACGCCCACGUCCGAACGAUACGUUCCUCGCUAGCCAUCGCACAACAAGAGAUAUUUCCCCAUAGAACAACACACCAAGAAGCGCUCAGCAAACUGCGCGCCGCCCAAGAUCGGGUGCAGGCCAUACUCAACGACAUUGCCGAAUCCCAAGCGACACUGCACCGGCUCAUAGAGGAGAGGGCCACCGAAGACGCCGUGGCGCCGCAACUACUCGCCCUCCAGGAGAAUAACAUGUCUCUGCCGCCCGAGAUAGCCCAAGCAAUACGCAGCUACGAAACUCGUCGGGCUGCCAAGGGCGAGGAGAUCAAAACCCAGGAGACGGCUAUCAGCGUGAAACGGGACGAGCUGAAGCGAGCCACCGCCGACCUCGACGUGGCGGAGAAGAGCUCGGUUAGCCUCGAGUCCGACAUACGAGGAUUGCAGGCCGCCGUGACACGUGGGACAGAAGCAGCCCGGUUCUCCAACAUGUUUAGCGUAAUGGUGCAGCUUGGCCCAGAAGGACUGGCGAGCAUUGAGCAGAUAUACCCCGAGAUUGGCUCACUGCUGGAGCAGCUGCUCGCGUCCAAGAAUAAUCCGUCUUCGCAACACGAUAAUCACCAAGGACAGCAUCAUAAUAAUAGCGUAGCGACAGACGGCGACGAGACUAAUGGCAUGUGA